AGAGUAAAUGGAGCUGCGGGGAGCUGCCCUGCCGCCUGGAGGAAGAGAGGUGCUAGUUCCUGUAGGUUUUUGCUCUCCUCCUGGGCUCUCCUUGGGCUCUUCCUCCAAAGCGGCUCCGAUCGGUGUGAGGUGAGGGUGGGUGGGUGGGUGGCCAACAGCAUGCCUGUUUACUGCAACUCCAGGACUUGGUUUGCAGCAUUGUCAGCAUUACCCAUCCUCAACAGAACCCGGCAGUGGCAGCAACAGCUCGGGCAGGGAGCCCUAGCCCUAGGCUGGGUUUGCACACACUGUCCUUGCCUCUGAGCUCAGCUUUUUGCUGGCAAGAAGGGAAGAAGGAGCAGCAGCAGCUCUCGUGGCUUGUGUGCUCUCUCUCUUUCUGUGUUCAAGUCAUAUUACAUGGGAUUCUGUUCUUUGGGGACUUCGUCAUCUUUUCAAAUAUGUCCUGGGACCUCCGGAGCUGUAACAGGGAUGCUAAAGACGUGGUCAGUGGAUUAUCGAGACUGUACUAAUGAAAGGAUUCAAGCUAUCCUGCACUGCCAGUAACUCAAACCGCAGCACGCCGGCCUGCUCCCCCAUCCUCCGGAAGCGGUCUCGCUCUCCAACCCCACAGAACCCGGACGGAGACGCCAUGGUGGAGAAGGGCUCAGAUCACUCCUCGGACAAGUCCCCAUCGACGCCGGAACAGGGUGUGCAACGCAGCUGCUCCUCGCAGUCUGGCCGAAGCGGUGGCAAGAAUUCCAAGUAUCACAAGCGCCUCUCAAAAAAAAGCCAGAGUUGGUAUAAUGUAUUAAGCCCCACUUACAAGCAGAGAAAUGAAGACUUCAGAAAGCUCUUUAAGCGACUUCCAGAUACAGAGCGUCUCAUUGUUGAUUACUCAUGUGCACUCCAAAGAGACAUUCUUCUUCAGGGCCGACUCUACCUCUCUGAGAAUUGGAUCUGCUUCUACAGCAACAUCUUCCGCUGGGAAACUUUGCUGACAGUCCGUUUGAAAGACAUCUGCUCCAUGACUAAAGAAAAAACAGCUCGCCUCAUUCCCAACGCCAUCCAAGUUUGCACUGACUCAGAAAAGCACUUUUUCACUUCAUUUGGAGCCCGGGAUAGGACCUACAUGAUGAUGUUCCGGCUCUGGCAGAAUGCUCUCCUUGAAAAGCCUCUGUGCCCGAAGGAGCUCUGGCACUUUGUUCAUCAGUGUUAUGGGAAUGAGUUGGGCCUGACCAGUGAUGAUGAGGACUAUGUGCCCCCUGAUGAUGACUUCAACACCAUGGGCUACUGCGAAGAGAUCCCCGUAGAAGAGAAUGAAGUGAAUGACAGCUCAUCCAAGAGCAGCAUAGAGACCAAGCCGGAUGUCAGUCCACAGCUACCCAAGAAAUCCAUCACCAACAGCACACUGACUUCCACAGGGAGCAGCGAAGCUCCCAUCUCGUUUGAUGGCCUUCCCCUGGAGGAGGAGGUUCUGGAGGAUGAUGGGUCCCUGGAGAAAGAGCUCGCCAUUGACAACAUCAUAGGGGAAAAGAUUGAGAUCAUCGCUCCGGUGACAUCCCCUUCAUUAGAUUUCAAUGACAAUGAAGACAUCCCCACCGAGCUCAGUGACUCUUCGGACACCCAUGAUGAAGGAGAGGUCCAGGCCUUUUAUGAGGACCUGAGCGGCCGUCAGUAUGUGAAUGAAGUUUUCAACUUCAGCGUGGACAAGCUCUAUGACCUCCUCUUCACGGACUCACCUUUCCAGAGGGACUUCAUGGAACAGCGGCGCUUCUCUGGUAUCAUUUUCCACCCAUGGAAAAAGGAGGAGAAUGGAAACCAGAGCCGAGUGAUUCUUUACACCAUCACCCUUACCAACCCGCUGGCUCCCAAAACAGCCACUGUCAGGGAGACGCAGACCAUGUAUAAGGCAAGCCAAGAAAGUGAGUGUUAUGUGAUUGAUGCUGAAGUCCUCACCCAUGACGUGCCGUACCAUGACUACUUCUACACUAUCAACCGCUACACGCUCACCCGUGUAGCUCGGAACAAGAGUCGGCUCAGGGUCUCUACAGAGCUUCGAUAUCGAAAACAGCCCUGGGGGCUAGUGAAAUCUUUUAUUGAGAAGAACUUCUGGAGUGGGCUAGAGGACUACUUCCGGCAUUUAGAGAGUGAGCUGACCAAAACAGAGAAUACCUACUUGGCUGAGAUGCACAGACAGUCUCCCAAGGAGAAGGCCAAUAAGCCCCCAACGGUUCGGAGGAGGAAGCGUCCCCAUGGGCACCUGCGGGUACCUCACUUAGAAGAGGUGAUGAGCCCCGUCACCACCCCCACUGAUGAAGAAGUGGGCCACAGGAUCAAACAUGUGGCAGGUUCCACACAGACACGGCACAUCCCUGAGGACACCUCCAAUGGUUUUCACCUGCAGAGUGUGUCCAAGCUGCUGCUGGUUAUCAGUUGUGUGAUCUGUUUCAGUCUGGUGCUGCUGGUCGUCCUUAACAUGAUGCUGUUUUACAAGCUCUGGAUGUUGGAAUACACCACCCAGACCCUCACUGCCUGGCAGGGUCUGAGGCUACAGGAAAGGUUACCCCAGUCCCAGACAGAGUGGGCCCAGCUCUUAGAGUCUCAGCAGAAGUACCACGAUACUGAGCUCCACAAAUGGAGGGAAAUCAUCAAGUCCUCAGUGAUGUUGCUUGAUCAGAUGAAAGACUCGCUCAUCAAUCUUCAGAAUGGCAUCAGGUCCCGGGACUACACAUCAGACAGUGAAGAGAAGAGGAACCGCUAUCAUUGACAAGGCAGGAACUGGGGUGGCUGCAAGAGGCCUGUGCAAUACAUGUACAUAGACCAUAUAAAUAUAUAUAUAAAUAUAUAUAUAUACAGAAUAUAAAUAUAUAUAUAUAUAUUAUAUACAGAUUUUAAAAAGAGAGAAUGCCUAUGUACCAGGGAGAAGGAGCGGGACCGUCUCCUAUACUGGCCGGAGAGAAUAUUUACUUUUGGUGGAGGGACCGAGGAGGCAGGGACCACCUCUCAGCACCAACCUCCCCUGGUCCUCCUCUUCUCCGCCCCCUGCCCCUCCCCGCCCCUAUCCUUUCCCUUGCUGUCCUUAGCUCUUAGAAGGGAAAUGUUGUUGAGCCAAAGUUAAGCUUGUGAAGGCCCUGGGGUCAUGAAAAGAAGUCUCAAGGGGGCAUUGCUAAGGUGCUUCAUUCCCUAAUCCCAUUUUGAUUUUUCUCCAAAAUAAAAGGUAAUCAUUUCUUUCCUACCCCUUGCUUCCCCAGGUGUUCUCUUGUGAACAAGGAAGCAUCCGGGGGAGAAGGCGCCCAAUCUAAACUCUACCACAGAAGGCCACUCACUUUCUAUGGGCCAUAAACUAAAGAGUCAGAUGGACUGUAGGGAAGCUAGGAAGGCUGUACUUGUAGGCCUGGGAUUUGUCUCCACAGGCUCCGCAGGACCUGUGUUUUGAAGGGUAUUCUCUUUGGCCAGCCCCUGCAUCUUCCUCUGAGUUGUGUAGGGUUUGGACCCAAUAAGGGCUGGGAAUGUCUUAUUUCCCACCCCCUUUCUCUCUGGUCUUUGCCCAGGCUGGAUCUGGGUGAAGUGUCACUUUUUAGUGCCUAAAGUCCUAUUGUUUCUCUGUGCCCUAAGAGCACAUUGUUUAUUAGCAAGGGCAGAGCAUUUUUGAUCUUGUUAAACCUCUUUUGGUGGUUAUAAGCAAGUCAGGCUCUUAAUUCCUUCACUUUGAGCUGUAGCUUUGAAUGCCAGGAUGAGUCAGGGAGUCCUGGUCUCUCCAGAUUUGAGAGAGAGACUGUUGGCCAUGUGUGGGCUGUAGGGACCAUUAUAGAAUGCUGUGUGAGC